AUCUCUCCAUUCAGGUCGAGAGACCUCUGAAUCCAGUCCACCCCUCCUUCUGUUCCUCCACCUCCUCCCCAUCCCUGAGUAGUAAUGGACCGUUCUGUGCAGGAUCUGUUUAUGAACUUCACCAUCGUGCUGAUCACUAUCCUGCUGAUGUGGCUGCUGGUCAAGACCUACCAGGACUGAACCAUCAUUUUAAAAGCAAGGGGGGGGGGGGGGGGGGGGGGGGGGGGCGAUAAGAUGGAGAAAAAAGUGUACUGUUUAAUCACGCAUUUGGGUAGGGCAUGUGGUGUCAGUGUGUUGUACUACCACCAGGGGGUGCUAUGGUGUUUGUACAAGCACAGAGCUGCAAACACGCUGUCAUCUAGCCUACACUUCCUGAAGCCUUGAUUAGGCUUUCAGAUCCAUGUGUUUUUGUUGUGACGUCACAUGUCGUAUUGAAGUGCUGUUGGACGUUUGUUGUUUCAUGAUAGAAGCUUGAUCAAAAGUCAUUACAAAACUCUGGUAGAGUGAUAAAGAAAACACAUUUCAUAAUAAAACAAGAGUUUUAGUGCA